CUUGACAGCCGGGCACACAGUCGCUUUUUUCGUUUUUGCAAAGCCUUGGGGGAGGGGGGCUCCUGCUGCCAUGGCUGCGAUUGGGAAGGCCCUGUCACCCCUUUACCAGCACUCGGGACUCGAGACUAACCUCAGCAGGGUCAGCUUUCUGGGGGCUCGGCUACCCCCAGAGGUGGAAGCGAUGGUCAGGAGCGUUCGAGAGCUGGACAAGGAAACCUUUCGUAAACUCCUCAAAGUCACUGUCAGCGCCUUGGAAGGAAAAGACUGCAAAGAGCUGGUGAAGGUGAUUGCCGAGAGUGCAAAACUAUCGGAUGAACAGCUCGCUGUCCUCAUCUCUGGAAUGUAUACUCUCCUGCAAGCCGCCCUGAGGCUCCCCACAGCGUCUCUGAAGCAAGAAGUUUUUAAAGAAGACCUACAUGAGCUCAGGAUUCCAGAAGACUUCAUUGUGGACUUCGCCACUGUAGUCUUUGGAAACAGGCAACCUGCUCUUGAAGAGGCCAUUCAGAAGCAAGCCAGUAAGCUGCCUAGAAUCGAAGACUUCAAGUGGAGGGUAGAUGUGGCCAUUUCUACCAGCUCAUUGGCACGGGCUUUGCAGCCAUCCAUUUUAAUGCAACUGAAGCUGUCCGACGGGUCAGCUCAUCGCUUUGAAGUGCCAGCUGGAAAAUUUCAAGAAUUAAGGUACAAUGUUGCUCUGAUCCUGAAGGAGAUGAAUGACCUGGAGAAAAUGAGUGUUCUGAAAAUUCAGGACUGAACCCUUUCUGAUUAAAUUAUUGGGGCUUGAAGACAUUAGGAGAAUCUCACAAGAAACAUCAUCAAAAAGAAGUUGCUUCUGUUUUGUAAUCACAUGUAUUGCAAUGUCACCCUUCAGGGGCGUACCCGGGAUAAAAACUGGGGGGGGCAGGGGGGCAAUGCACAGUAGGGGAGGGGCCACAUGUAUCCAAAUUUUGCAGUGAUCCUCCAAAACAAAGGAGAAUGCAAGUAAUAGGGAAACAUGUGCAUCAUAAUGAAUAUAUUGGUGAAAAUAACGUACAAAAUGCAGAAAUUACUUGCAAAAAUGUAAUGUCACACAAGAAGCCUUAGAAGAAAUGUGCAUUGAAAGGGUGCAGGGUUUUUUUUAGGGUUUCAUUUUUUUUAAGGAAAAAUUUUCAAAUUGCUGAAGAAACAACCAAAUUUAAGAUUAGAAAAAUCAGGAAAUGGAGAGAAAUGAAAUGGACAGGUACUCACAAUACUGCAUCACUGUGUUGAGAGAUGUUACCGACUGACAAGCCUAGGAAAGCUUGCAGUGGGAGUGAAUUUCAGAAAACACAUGGGAGUCCUUUUCCACAUCCCAUAAAAAUUGAGAAUGUCAGCAAAAA